GUAUAUAACCCGCUCCUCCCAUCCCCCUCAACGAUGUUUUAUUUCCUGAUUCUUUGUUCUACUUCUAACACUUGUCGUGCCCCGCAUCUUCUUCGUUAAAUAAAAUGAAAUAAAUAAAAAUAAAGUUAUCAGCAAAUUUAACUGCAAAGUGUAUCAAGAUACUUUGCAGCUAUACCCUACCGUUAAAAUACGUUAAAUAGUUAUUUUACAUUGAUAGUUACACCAGUUUUAUAGUUGAACACGCUCGUUACGCCUGUCGUAUUCAGCAUACUCAACCACAAUACAAAAAAAAAAAAACUCUCCCCGCAUUUUAGCAUAUCUAACACGCGCUAACAAGUGCUGUUGCAACCGUUAUAUUCCUAGGAACACAACCGUCUCGGUGUUUAUUGGUAAGUAUGUUUUUGCGUGUACAGCUUCAAUUCAAUACCGAAGAACCCCUUGUGGACACAGCGAUGCUGUUGCGUGGGGCCAGCAUUUUCCCAUGUCGACGGCAGGAAGGGGAAGUAGGCGGCCUGCGGUCGCAGUUGCCUGGUAUUCAAAGGAGGGAAACUGCGACCCAAGAAGCAAGCACCUGCAACUGCAGGCACGACCAGAGAAUGAAUGCUGCAAGCGCACCACGCCUUCCGGACCUCAAUCUUUUGCAUUCCCUUCGAGGCCCUUCUUCCCCAUGGAGCCCGCCAAAGCUGCCGUGACCUCACCUCACCUCAAUCCGGGCGGGCCUCGAUGCUCGCCCGUUCUUGUGUCUUCCAUCGCCCUUCCCUCGAGACAGCGAGAGCUGCCUAGGGUAAACCACAGCACAAUCUCUCUAUUUCCCUCAUAGUUAUCAGGCCCCCAAACGCAUGCUUUAAGCUCAUGGAAAGCGCGUCCCCAGACCACUGACCGGGCUGCCAGUCCCAUCCCAUCAUCACCCACAAGCAGUGCCAGCCCACAUCCUUAUCAAUCCUCGGACCAAGAGAGGACGGGAAAAGAGCAUAAUGGGCAUAUCCAACACCAGAAAGCCGGCCCAAGGCUUUACGUCGCAUGCAUGCGACCGCCCCGCGGCCAUGGCCAGCAGGGCUGGGAAGGCUGCCGCCGAAGCUUCAGUGCGCGGCCAUACGCGCAGCCACUCGCGGCUUGGGCGCCGCCCUGUGGCCACUCAGCUUCCGUCCGCAAUCCGCCCGCCAAGGAAGGUCUCGGGGUCAUUUGAUGGUGGUGGCACAUCUGUAAUCCAUACAAUGGGCCCUCAGCUUCCUUCCGCUGCCUCCCCCGUUGCUGUCCUGAUGGCGGCGGCGACGGGUGCGGUCACAGUCACGGCUACGCCUAUGGACGACUCUCCUGCUGCCAUGGCCAACCAUGAGCCAUCGCCGCAGCCCGCUAGGUGGGAGCACUUCAACGAUAUUGUCGCCUAUGCUCCCCACGAAAACAGCGAACAAGCCCAUAUCGAGUUUAUUAAACAACACCGCAGGCCUUGCGUCGCGCAAUGGGUCCUUGUGGCCAGAAGAGCUACCAAGAAAUGGGGCACCAUUGAUCCGGAUCACCCAGACCUACGAGAGUAUCUGAUUCGGCUAAAAUCCUUCAUCAAAUACCUCGAAACGGUUGAUAUAAACCCGCGAAUUCAUGAUGCGGAGCUAAAAAGUCUUCAUGGGGUGAUAAACAACCCAGACAACAAAUUCCCGGCUUUCAUCAUCGAACAUUACAACACGCUUGAACAGCGAUGGAAGGACAUGAACUACGGGGAGGAUGAGGAUCACAUCAAGGACAGUGGCAAUGAGAGUCAGGGCGAAGACUCGGGUGCGCAGGACAGCAAUCUCGUGGGUCGUCGCCGGGGCGGUGACGUCGAUCUCGCCAGGGUCACGGUGGGAUUCCCUUGCGACGAGGAUCCUGUCUGGGGCUUGCAUGGGGUUAUGCAUGGAAUCCUUCGCACGGCGGCUCCCAGGGUUCAAUACACGCCGGACCCUCGGUUUGUUCACGAGAAACGGUCGUGUCAUGUCUUUGGUCACAACGGCCUGGUGCCUGGCGACUGGUGGCCGCUGCAAAAGGUGGCUCUUUAUCGAGGUGCCCAUGGCAGCUCCAUGGGCGGCAUCGCGGGUCGGAAAGGCGAAGGAGCGUAUUCGAUCGUGGUUGGCUCGUCGCAGUACGACGAUCUUGAUCGGGACGAAGGGAACACCAUCUGGUAUUCGGGAUCCCACAGCCACGAAAAUGAGGAUCCCGUAGAGCACCACGACUCGGAUGCAACCAAAGUCCUUCUACACUCGCUGGAACGAAGCGACCGACCUGUGCGCGUCCUGCGCAGAAAGAACGGCAACCACUGGGCACCCCAGUUCGGCCUCCGGUACGACGGUCUUUAUCGCGUGGUGAACUGCCGCACCGCCAAAAAUGGGAAGGGUGGCGUGUACCGGCAGUUCAAGCUCGAGCGACUGCCCGUCAACCCUGCCCGGCCCGACCUGAACCCGUGCACACUGGAGGAAGCCAGAGACAAAAUGCCGGCCUCACGCCAGGCCGAGAUCUGGGCCCGGGUCCAAGGAGGGUACUUGCCGAGGCCGGGGAACUAAGCAGAUGGGCUCGGACUGGAAAGGGAGGAGGAGGAGGAGGGGGGGAAAGAGGAGUGGGGAGAGUAGCCAGGACUUGGGCUGUUGCAAAGGGAGGAAAAGGGAGGAGGGUAGGGAUAUUCUGGCCAUGUUUGAGGAUGUCCUGCGGUUGGCCAAGGAAAGGGUUUGGAUGCAGUUUUUCACCCGAGGCGGGUCUCUUAUAGGCGACGCUCACGGUUUUCUGCGUCGGAGAGAUAAGAUCCAGGUAGUAGAUGCGAAUGCAUUUUUGCCCA